UUUUCCUGUCACAUGCUACUGUCAAGACUCGCUUGACGGAAGUGAACGGCGCCUUCCUUCACAACAAACGUUACUAAUGUGACAGAUGAUGAAAUUGCGUCAAAGGAGGUUACGAGGAGCACAGCUGCGAUGGCGGUGGCGCCGGCGGACCCAUGAACGGGGGUGGUGCGGGCAAGCUGGCAGACCCUAAGGAGGAUCCGCUGCCGGGGGUGGACACCUACAAGAACUUCAACACCAUCGACUGGGUACGGGAGAAGAGCAAGGGCCGUGACAGACUCCGAGAGAUUCACAGCAAGAGCAAAGAGUCGCUGUGGGCUCUGCUACUCAGCAUCAGCGACGCCUUCUCGGGAUGGCUGCUCAUGCUCCUGGUGGGCCUCAUGGCAGGCGCGGUGGCGGCCGCCAUUGACAUUACGACCCACUGGCUCACGGACAUGAAAGACGGCGUCUGUCUGGUGGGCUUCUGGUUUAACCACGAGCACUGCUGCUCCACUUCCAACCAGACCACCUUUCUGGAGUGGGACCGUUGUCCUCAGUGGCAGAGCUGGGCCCAGCUUAUCACCGGGACCUCCCAGGGUGGAUUUGCCUACAUGGUGGACUACCUCAUGUACAUGUUCUGGGCUCUUCUGUUUGCCUUCCUGGCUGUGGCAUUGGUCGGGGCUUUUGGUUCGCAUGCGAGCGGCUCUGGAAUCCCCGAGAUCAAAACCAUCCUGAGUGGUUUCAUUUUCCGCGGCUUCUUGGGCAAGUGGACGCUGGUCAUCAAGACGGUCACGAUGGUGUUGGCCGUGUCAUCCGGGCUCGCCGUAGGCAAGGAAGGGCCAUUGGUCCACGUGGCCUGCUGCUGCGCCAACGUCCUUUGUCACCAUUUCACCAAAUUCCGCCAGAAUGAAGCCAAGCGGCGAGAGGUGCUGUCUGCGGCCGCCGCCGUGGGGGUGUCGGUGGCGUUCGAAGCUCCAAUCGGCGGCGUCCUGUUCAGCUUGGAGGAGGUGAGUUACUACUUCUCCCUGAAAACUCUUUGCCGUUCGUUCUUCGCCGCCCUGGUGGCCGCCUACACGCUGCACUCCAUCAACCCGUUUGGCAGCGGCCGUCACGGACCGUUUGAUGUGAACUUUCACGCUGACUGGCACCCGGUGGAGCUGGCACCCUUCAUCCUCUUGGGAAUAUUCGGAGGCCUGUGGGGGGCGCUCUUCAUCAAGGCCAACAUUGCAUGGUGCCACACACGCAAGUCGACCCGUCUGGGCCGCUGCCCCGUGACGGAGGUCCUGUUGGUGAUGGCGCUGACCGCCUUGCUGGCAUUCCCAAACAUCUACACCAGGAUGAGCGGCGAAGAGCUCCUUUCCAAACUCUUCGAUGAUUGCUCGCUGUUCAACUCCUCGCUGCUCUGUGGAUACCAACAGCAUGCCAACACGUCCCAAACCGGUCAGGGGAACAGUGCGGCGAGUCGGCCGGCCGGAGAAGGUCUCCGCACGGCUUUGUGGCAGUUGGCUCUGGCCUUGCUCUUCAAGAUGAUCAUCACCAUCAUCACAUUUGGCAUCAAGGUUCCGUCAGGCGUGUUCAUCCCCAGCAUGGUGGUGGGUGCCAUCGCGGGACGGCUGCUGGGCGUGGGCAUGAAGCAGCUGGCCUACCACCACCACGACUGGAUGCUCUCCCGAGACUGGUGCUCGCCUCGCAGGGACUGCAUCACGCCGGCCCUCUACGCCGUGGUGGGUGCCGCUGCGUGCCUCGGUGGCGUGACGCGCAUGACCGUGUCCUUGGUGGUGAUCAUGUUUGAGGUGACGGGCAGGCGGGAGCACAUCAUGCCACUCCUGGCCGCCACCAUGACCAGCAAAUGGGUCGCCGGCGCUUUUGUACGGGUGGGAUUCGAUGAGGCGCUCAUCCGUCUAAAAGGCUACCCCUUCCUGGAGCCUAAAGACGAGAUUGAGCACCGCAGUUUGGCCAAGGACGUGAUGAGGCCCAGGAAGUCGGACCCCGCCCUGGCCGUGCUCACGCAGGACGGAAUGACGCUGGGUCAGGUGGAGGCGCUGGUGAAGAGCACAUGCUUCAGUGGCUUUCCUGUGGUCGUCUCCCAGCAGUCCAAGAGGUUGGUGGGAUUCGUUCUCCGAAGAGAUCUACUCGUAGCCAUAGAUGAUGCCCGUCGGAGGCAGAAGGGCGUGGUCAGUGCGUCCCAGGUGCUCUUUAGACAGCACGCCCCCACGCAGCCCCCUAAAGCCCCUCCUCACCUCCGCCUCCGGGACAUCUUGGACCUCAGCCCCUUCACCAUCUCCGACCGUAUGCCCAUGGGGAUCACUGUCGACAUCUUCCGCAAACUGGGCCUGCGACAGUGUCUUGUCACGCACAAUGGGAGGCUUCUGGGCAUUAUCACCAAAAAGGACAUUGUCAAACACAUGGCGCAGAUUGCCAACAGAGACCCCGACUCCGUUUUCCUCAACUGAAUGAGGCCGAACACCCGCUUGGAUCCCGUACUGCUUUUUGCGCAUGUGACGAUGGUGACAACGAUGCGCUCUGUUUGGCUGUCUGAGACCAGGAAAAAAAAAGGGGGGGAAAAAAUCUUCCCCAUUGUUACGUGGGAGAAGCCAGAUGGAAGCCUCUGGAAUAUUUCACAUCUGCUCCAUUUUUUGUUGUUGUCGUCCUUCUUUUCGGUUCCAUGUGAAGGAGUUAGCGGCCUCCUCUUCCUCCUCCCCCCCCCCUCCUUCUUCCUCGUCCAGUUUGCAGAGGAUUUGUGAGCAGAUAGAAGAAUGCGGGACGUCAGAGAAGAUAAAGUUUGAGUGAGGAUCCCAGUGCCUGCCCCAUGGCCGUCAGUCGAGGCCAGAUGGAGCGCUCCGAGUCGGGCCUGACGGAUUCUCUGGCCGCCCCUCCUCCUUCUCGCAGGCUGCCGAUGCCUCCAGUGUGAGAAAGAGACGCAGGCGUGAACAAAGCGAAGCAAUCAUGUCAGUUACCACAUGUCAAGAUGGUUCACCCCACUAAAUUAUUCCUCUGUCCUCAUAUGAUGGCUGCCUGAAUUGAGAUUUUCCCCAGUUCUUUGUCGUCUCCGUGAACCAGAUUGCAAUUCGGCAGCUCCUCCAGACUCCGACAAAUAUUAUUCUGCACUAUUGUAACACGUCCCAGGAUUAGCAGAAUUCUGCGCGCUUCCUCUAUGUAACCGUUUGGAAUGCGAGACGCUGGUGUGGCUCGCUGCUGUUCUUUGAGUGACCCCGGCUGGACACGGCUCGCGUGUCGGGUGGAGAGGAAGUGAAAAGUCAAGAAAAGGCUCUUCUUCCACAUGUGUUGACCCGCAUGUCCCCGUGAAGGACUUGAGGCCCUGUUGCCAUGGUAACUGUUAAACUGCAUUUUUUGCAGGGGCGUCCUUCUUAUUUUCACUUUUUGGUUUUGCCUCAGAGCGCCAUUUUGAGGUAAAAACCUUAUCAAAGUGUUUCAUCGAGUCAUCGUAUUCUUCCACCGACAGAGUUGCUCCGUGCGUUUUAUUGCUGCAUAUGUUGACAAACUUAAUGAAAAAGCCUUCGGGACCACUCAAUGUUCUUUGAAACUGACAAAAGUCGUAAAUACCAAUGUAGUGGAAAUGAACCGCUGAAAAUGAGACAUUUUUGCGGUCCAACAGGAUUAUGCUGCGGGUGGGUGGAAGCUCGUGAAAAUGGCUUGAAUUAAAAGCCUGAACGUAAAUCUUAGUUGCACAAUGUUUCAAUGGCUUCAAAUGAUUUGGUAGAGUGCUCCGACCAUGUCAGGUUUAAAGGGUGUUUUGUCCAGAUGCCUGAGUAUUU